AAAUAAAAAUUCUAGACAGCGUACCUCCACCUUUUUACACUCCGUUGGCGAGGAGAUGAACCGUGGAAAGAAAGAAAAAAUCAGUCGUUAAUGGUACAACCAACAUUCUACAAACUGAAUUGAAGAUUAGUUUGGUUUCAAUUCAAAAUCACUUACGAUGUGCUCAAUCUCAUCCUAUGCGACAUGUUCAUCAACGCUUCUAACUUCUUCGUCUUCUUCCUCCUGUUCAUUCCCUUGUUCCUCUCUCAAAACCACCAUUCUUACCCUCCCAACCACUAUCUCUAACGUAUCCGUAUCAGCCACACCCAAACAUGUCUGGACCCGAACACCCCGUUCUCCAGUUUCCCACACCAACAAACUACAACGCCGUACCAGAACCCAGCAACAACAAUACGAACCCUCUUAUCUAGACCGCAGCGUAGACAUGAAGGAACUCUUAACCUCAAUCGGACAAACCCACAACGUCGAACAGCUCUACGCACUCAUGUCCCCUUUCAAUAACAGACAACUUUCAAUUCGUUUCAUGGUUUCCAUUCUCUCCCGUGAACCCGAUUGGCAACGCUCUAUCGCCAUUCUCGAUUGGAUGAAUGAAAAAGCUCGAUAUUCACCUUCACUCUCCGCUUACAACGUCGUUCUACGUAACGUACUUCGUGCUAAACAGUGGCACUUUGCACACGGACUGUUCGAUGAAAUGCGUCAAAAGGGUCUUUCCCCUGAUAGAUACACUUACUCCACACUCAUUACAUGUUUUAGUAAACAAGGUUUGUUUGAUUCCUCUUUCUUUUGGCUACAACAGAUGGAACGUGACAAAAUUUCUGGUGACCUUGUUUUGUAUAGUAAUUUGAUUGAGUUUGCGCGGAAGCUGUGUGAUUAUUCCAAAGCCAUUUCGAUUUUCAAUACUUUGAAAGCUUCUGCUAAUAUUGCUCCUGAUCUUAUAGCUUAUAAUACCAUGAUUUGUGUGUUUGGGAAGGCUAAGCUCCUUCGGGAAGCUCGUCUUCUUCUUCAAGAGAUGAGGGAGAAGGGUGUUAGCCCGAAUACUGCUAGUUACUCGACGCUUCUUGCGAUUUAUGUUGACAAUCAGAAGUUUGUCGAGGCGCUUUCUUUGUUUUCGGAAAUGAAUGAACUUAAAUGUCCGAUUGAUCUUACUACUUGUAAUAUCAUGAUUGAUGUUUAUGGUCAGCUUCAAAUGAUCAAGGAAGCUGAUUGCUUCUUCUGGGGUAUGAAGAAAAUGGGAAUUGAACCCAAUGUGGUUAGUUACAACACUAUCUUGAGGGUUUAUGGAGAGGCGGAGCUAUUUGGGGAAGCGGUUCAUCUUUUUAGUUUGAUGCAAAGGAAAGGUAUACCACAGAAUGUUGUCACUUACAAUACCAUGAUUAAUAUCUAUGGCAAAUCUCUUGAGCAUGAGAAGGCGACGAAUCUCAUUCAAGAAAUGCAGAGUAGAGGUAUUCAACCAAAUGCUAUCACUUAUUCAACCAUAAUAUCUAUAUGGGAAAAGGCAGGGAAAUUGGACAGGGCAGCCAUGCUGUUUCACAAGUUAAGGACUUCCGGAGUUAAAAUUGAUGAGGUUCUAUAUCAAACAAUGAUUGUCGCGUAUCAGAAAGCUGGAUUAGUUGCUCAUGCCAAAAGGCUACUUAAUGAGCUCAAGCAACAGGAUAAUGUUUCCAGGGAGACAGCAAUCACAAUACUGGCCAAAGCCGGUAAAGUUGACGAGGCUAUGUGGGUUUUCCGACAGGCUUUUGACGCAGGAGAGGUGAAAGAUAUAUCUGUAUUUGGGUGCAUCAUUGAUAUUUUCUCAAUGGACAGAAAGUAUGCACAUGUGGUUGAAGUGUUUGAGAAGAUGAGAGAGGUUGGACAUUUUCCCGACUCUAAUGUUAUUGCUCUGGUGCUAAAUGCUUUUGGAAAGCUUCGCCAAUUUGAGAGAGCAGAUGCUUUAUAUAAACAGAUGUAUGAAGAAGGGUGUGUUUUCUCCGACGAAGUUCAUUUUCAAAUGCUUGGUUUAUAUGGCGAGAGAAGGGAUUUCAAGAUGGUGGAAUCAUUGUUUGAGAAGCUAGAUUCUUAUCCCAAUAUCAACAAGAAGGAGUUGCAUUUUGUUGUCGCCCACAUUUACGAAAGAGCAGAUAGAUUUAAUGAUGCUUCCCGAAUCAUGAGCAGGAUGAAUCACAAAGCAAAAAGAAAUGAUGGUAAUGCUUAGAACAUUGAAGUAUGAAUCUGAGUUUCCCACUGUAACUUAUUGAUCGACAUUCUUUGGCCACUGAUCAUAUCCAUAAACAGUAUUUAGAAAAUCUCUCUUAUUCCCAACUAAGUGUCAGAAACUCUCAUGUGUAUAUGAUAUUUGAGGAACAAACACACAUUCUGAAUAGCAUCAUCCAUGUAAUUAAUCAUUACAGUUCUUGUCAGCACUACUAUACUCGUAUCACCAAGGUUGUGUUUCCUCUUUCAAAAAAUGGAGCCAAUUUUUCAUCUA